AUGUUUGCUAACCACCCAGCAAUACAUUUUCUGUAUCAAUAUUCAGUUUCAUUUUUGUUUCAGUUUGUGGCUCAUUCAAACGUCCAACAACUGCUGGCCUCCAUCUGGUAUGAAGGCUUACCGGGCUUCCGACGCAAGAACAUGGUGCUGCAGGCUUUCGAAAUCGUCCGCAUCGGCAUCCUGUUCCCGUUCUUCAGCGCCGCUUAUAUUGUGGCGCCACAUUCUGUGAUUGGGCAGACCAUGCGUAAACCCUUCAUCAAGUUCAUAUGUCAUUCAGCAUCCUACUUAGUGUUUUUAUUUAUGUUAAUUUUGGCGUCGCAGCGGCAGUUUCUGCAGUCCUUUCUUGGUUUGCAAGAAGAAGAUGAAGAGUUGGCAACUCGUCGUGGUGCUAAACCGUCCUUAGUAGAGUGGAUUAUACUUUCAUACGUUGGUGGUAAGCAAAUUAUAUAA